AAAAAAAGAGGAAUUUUAAGUUGGGUUUUUUAGCUAUAUUUGUAUGGCCCUUACAACUUUGCAAGUUUGCAUGGAUUCAUCUGCUAAUUGGUUAGAGGGCACAAUGCAUGAGGAAGGAGGGAUGAUGGGCAACUCAUCCUCUUCACCACCAAGUGGGGUAGACAUUCUCACAUGUUCAAGGCCAAUGAUGGAGAGGAGGCUAAGGCCACAACAUGACCAAUCCCUAAAAUGCCCUAGGUGUGACUCCACCCACACAAAAUUUUGCUACUACAACAACUACAGCCUCUCCCAGCCCAGGUACUUCUGCAAGACUUGCAGAAGGUACUGGACCAAGGGCGGGACCCUCAGGAACAUCCCAGUCGGUGGUGGGUGCAGGAAGAACAAGAAGGUCUCGUCAUCUUCUUCCUCUGCGCCUUCUUCCACCGCGACCUCGCCCACCUCCUCUUCGUUCGGCAACAAGAAAUCGUCGCUCCCAAAUUUGCUCCCGGGCCCUCAGAGCCUCGGGUUGCUAACCCCUCCGGACGACCACCUCUCCUCGUCGUUCCCGGAAAUGAUGCAGUUCUCAAACCCUCAUCAUCACCACCAGUUUGGUGAUAAUUUCCAUCUGGCCCCUCAUUUCAUGGGAAUUGACAGCCCUCCCCCUAUAGACUUCAUGGAGGGCAAAUAUGGAAAUGGUGGGUUUUUGGGUGCCACUUCUUCCACAAAUCCUCCCUCUCCAAGAAACAUGCAGUUGGAUUUUCUUGGCACUAACAGAAAUGGAGACUUUGGGAUCAUGGCACAAACUUUCCCUCCAUUUGGGAUGAUGUCCAACAAUGUGGGGCCUACUAUGCUCCCCUAUGAUCAUCAUCAUCAGUUCAUGAAUGACAUGCAUCAUCAUGAUCAUGAUGAUCAUGUUGAUAUGAAGCCAAACCCUAAGAUGUUGUCACUGGAAUGGCAUGAUCAUCAAGGCUGCUCUGAUAAUGUUGGAAAAGACUCUUUUGGGUACAUCAAUGGAGUGGGGGGCUCAUGGAAUGGCUUGAUCAAUGGCUAUGGCACUUCUGCUACAAAUCCACUAGUCUAAUUAAUCAAGCUUUAAUUAAUUACUUAAUUAAUUAAUUAUACAUAUAUAGAGGUCUAUUUUCCUAAUUAAGUAUUAUCUAUGCAGGUUUCCAUCAUGGGGUUGAGAUUUAAGCUUUUUUUCACAUGUUAAUCAAUAUGUCCUAUGUAUACAUUAAUUGAUUUUUAGGUUAUAGAUAUAAGUAUUAUGGUACUCAUAUGGUACGUACCUAUCCGAUGUCGUAUUGACGCACCCAAUCAUAUGUAUCCCCCGGUCUCGAUGUCGUGUUAUUGAGCACGGGGACCAAUUCAAGUUUGGGUGUGACAAUACGACAUAUGAAUGAAUGAAAGUCGAGCGUUGUAACCUUGGGAACUUAUGGUCUGGCCU